AUUCUCGGUAGCAUGUCAUACAGUAAACUCCGAUUGAUCGACCUCUGAGCUCAACCAUUUUAUUAUAGCUCCAUGCCGAACCCACGAACUCAUAGUCACCUGCUUGUAUCUGGGCGCAGACUGGACCAGAGAUCAGUACCACGCCACAUAACGCUCCGUCGCCAUGUUGACCUAAGCGACAAGCAGAGGUCUUCAUAUCCCGAGGCCACCCCGUCCCAAACACUUCGGUUCGCCCUGACUGCUACGCUGAAACGGCCUGAGCAUCAUGUAAUUGAUCCAAUCUUGGAAUCAAAUCUAUUGCAAAGCAUUCGGAGUAAGUGGCCAGCAGACUCCCUGCCUUCGCCACUUUUGGCCACUCUUUGGCCAGACCCAAAAAGACACGCUCCUAAGGCCUCGCACCUUGAUACCAGACAAAUAAGAAGUCUUCCUGACCUGCAAGUCUUCAUUGAGAGUAAUGUGAUAAACAAGGAAGGAUGCAGACUUUUGCAGUCUCGGCAAUGCGCCCCUCUAUCGAAAGCGUUAGCACUCUGUGAACAACACAACCAAUUUCGAGAAGUUCUCUCUGCUAUCCAUGGGAUUAUUACGCGUGUAGAGAGGAUAGAUGGGCAUUGCUCGCAGCGUCUCUAUGUACUAGGCAUGUACUAUGCAGCACUCGCAUUUUCAUUUCCGGCUCUCAAGCGCUACUUGGAAGGCUAUCUAGCCUGCGGUUCGCAACGCUUGGGUCCGAACGAGAGCAGACUUCUAGUCCACGCUCUCCUUGAUGCCUUCAAGUAUCUUGAAUUCUGCGAGGGAACCCAGGACAUAAGUGCAAUGAUUAGCCUAGUGACUGGAGAUGCCCAACCGAGCAGUAACCGCUUGCAUGAUAUAUUAUAUUGGGCAGGGCCUGACCAUCGGAGCUCAUGGUCUGGCUCUUAUUUCACCUUGCUCGUCAAAAUGAACAGCAAGGCACUACAGGAUACUCUAUGGGCUAGAAUCAUAGAGAAUCUGACUCCUGAGUCGCACGAGAAUCAAUUUCAAGCUGCCUAUACGUGCGUGGAGGCCUUGAUUGACGCUGGGGAUACGCAACAGGCCAUUACAUUCUUGAAACAAAUAUCAGAGCGCGCCAAUAGUACUUUACCGUUCCUUUGGAGGGCCAAGUCACUUUGCUACGCUUUCUCCGAUGAUGAACUUCAAGCUUCCCUAGUUGGCGAGGAAGAACAUACUGAAAUUCUGAAUCGGCUUCUCACAGAUAUGGAGGAUCGGCUGGGCAUCCGCUGGCAAUCUAACAUGCUACUCCAUUCAAGUGCUUCUGAACCCCUCACGGUCGCUAGUGAAAAGCCAUUCUUGACCAUGGAUGGGGAUAGCACUGGCUAUGGUAGCAUUGAGCGGCUUCUUACGCAAAUUCAUUGCUUUGGAUGCUCAAAAUCGAUAGCUGACCUUGGUCAGAUUGCCGAUUCGCUCAAUGAACAUGAAGGUAGCCUGGUGUCUAGUCUGGCCAUCCCUGAUGCAGAUACAAAUAUGGAGUAUGCUUGGUGUCCCCAGCAUGCCCCACUUGAAUUUACAGGUUCUCUAUCGCCCAUUGGGACCGACUUUUCCAAGCCUUGGACACCCUCUACACUAGGUUUACUUCGCGUUAGCCCAGAUGCUAGCGGUCAAUGUUUUGCCGGCAAGCGAUCACUACAUUUGAUGCAGCUUGGAUACUUAGUCGCAAGGCCAAAGAAGUCUCAAGAGCGAAACUCGCAAGAUGCCACUAAAUGGGAGCAGACGGGACACAUUUUUGCAUGGGAUCGCUUUCAUGGGCAGCCGAUUGCAGUCUUUAUUGGGCAUGUCCAUGGCACAAGCCAACAUCGCAUAGAAGCAGGACCUCCGAAUCUGCGGUUCGGUCUAAGGUCCAUCGUGAGUGUUAACGCUCUUAAUGACCGACCGACACACUGCUCCAGCAAUCGUGUCACUCCAAUCGGUAGCGGUGCGACGAGAUAUUAUGUUGAUGUGGAUCCAAGCCCGGACUUGUUACCAUGAGGGAGGUUGUCAUUAUCAUCUCUGGGCUUCAUUUGUACGCAGAGGUCUUGUGACUCGAGGCAUGCAGCCACGACCCGUUCUUAGCCUGCCUGUAAAAUACAGUAUCUGUAUGCGACAACCGG